AUGGCUGAAGUUCUCGUCGAUGUUUACAGAGAUGUUCUGGAUUUUCACUACGAGGCAUUCAAGUACUUCCAACAACCAAUGCUGAAACAGAUCUACCACGCGACGUGGAAAACGUACAAAACCAAAUUCUCGGAUUUGAUUCACAACAUAGACCAGCACAAGCUAUUGAUUCUUAGCGAAACAACUCUUGCGCAAGCAAGAAGAUCACGAGAAUUAGAGACGGAACGAAAAGUCCAGCAACGCAGCGACAGGGAAUGUGAUAUGAGAGAGCGGAUCAUUGGAUGGCUACAGGGAGCAGACUUAGGUGCGAACGUCAAGAACGACCAUGCCAAGUUGCUCAAAAUUCGAUCUAGUGCACCAAGUUCGGGCAGAUGGCUCCUAUCCAAGCCGGAGUUUAACAGAUGGUUUGGGCCGUUUCCAAGUAUUCCGACUUUGCUCUGGAUCAACGGCAUCCCGGGCGCAGGAAAAACUGUCCUGGCCUCCAUGGUCGUCGAAGAAGCGCGGGCUUUAAGCCAUAAACCAACUGUUCUUUACUUUUAUUGUAAGGCUGACAACUCGGAAAAAGAUAAUUUUGUCGCCAUUGGGCGAAGGCUGCUUCUCCAGUUGUUGGAGCAGAAUCCAGAGCUUUUGUAUUAUUUCAACGACAAAUACUCAACACGCACCGAAGCCACUCUCAGCACGAUCUCGGAUCUAGAAGAAUUACUUGAGACCGGUAUCAAAAACACAUCGAGUGUGUAUAUAAUACUCGAUGGCAUUGACGAAUGUCGACCAGAAGAGACAAAGGCCAUCACUCGAUGGUUUCGGAAACUAGUCGAAGAUCAACCACAAUCGAAUCCGGAUCAGAUGCGCUGUAUGUUCGUUAGUCAAGACGAUAGAAUCACUAGAUCAGCCUUGGGUGACCUGUCGACCUUGAAAAUACGGACCAGCGAUACUCUGGACGAUAUUUCUCAGUUUUCAGCGCGCUGGGCGCUCGUAAUACAAGAGAGGUUUAGACUACAAGACGAGGAGCGGGAUUCAAUCGCACAAAGAGUGCCAAAUGUCUGUGGAGGAAUGUUUCUACUUGCGAAGUUGAUUUGCGAAAAUUUGUAUGAGCAAGCCUCCCUUGACGAUCUGUACGAGGAACUACAACCGAACACAUUUCCACAAGCGAUCGAUGAAGCAUACGGGCGCAUCAUGGUCAGGCUUUCUAGCCACGCACCCAGUAAAGGCAAAACAGAUUACUGCCUUCUGCUACUUGGCUGGAUUGUUUGUGCCAAGAGACCGUUGAAAUGGUGCGAGAUCCAGACUGCCAGAUCAAUCGACCUCGAGGCACAAGCUGUCAACCUAGAUCGGUAUUCUUUCCGGGAUGGCCCGAAGGAUAUCUGCGGCUCACUUGUGGAGGAAGACGAAACUGGAACCGUCGAAUUGGUCCAUCUGACAGCCAAGCAGUAA